UAAUAAGCCUUUCCCAACCAGAGGAUGGCGGUUCCUUCGACUUCCUCAUAACACGGUCUUCGAAGCAGAACAAAACCAGGACGCGCACAGAAUAAUAAAAACGAAAACCGGAGACGCAGACAAUAGUUGGAGCUCGAAGAAUGGAGGAAAUAGACGAAACGGAAGCCCAACCUCAGGUCUAUAUGGCAUGCAUCCUACAUGGCCAUCGGGUUGGGAUUUCUUACUAUGAUUCCAGUAUUCGCCAACUGCAUGUGCUUGAAGUUUGGGAAGAUGGAAGUUCAGACUUCCCCCUAAUUGAUCUGGUAAAAUAUCAGGCGAAGCCUUUGAAUAUUUACACAAGCACUAAAAGUGAAGAGUCCUUCUUAUCUGCUUUACAACGAAGUGGUACUCUGCUGUUUACCUGUUUGAUUUAUGAGCUAAUAUACAUGUGGAAUGUGUUUAAGCUUCAAAGUGAUACAGAUGGCACAGCUGAGGCUCCUAUGGUGAAACUCGUAAAAAGUUCAAUAUUCAGCUAUGAGCAAGCCUGGCACAGAUUGAUUUACCUUCGAGUGACAGGAAUGGAUGAUGGGCUAAAUAUCAAGGAGAGGGUUUCUUAUCUGAGUUCCAUGAUGGACAUAGGAAGUGAUGUUCAAGUUCGAGCAAGUGGAGGUCUUCUUGCCAUAUUAGAAAGCGAAAGGAUUGUAGAUACCCUUGAGCAAAAGGAAUAUGGAAAUGCAUCAAUUACUAUCGAUUCUAUCGUGGAAAUUUCACUAAACAAAUUUCUUAAACUUGAUGCCGCAGCUCAUGAAGCAUUGCAGAUUUUUCAAAUCGACAAACAUCCAAGCCAUAUGGGCAUUGGCAGGGCAAAAGAAGGGUUCUCUGUGUUUGGCAUGAUGAAUAAGUGUGUGACGCCCAUUGGUAAACAUCUUCUGAGAAACUGGUUCCUGAGGCCUUUGCUGGAUGUGGAAAAUUUGAAUGGUCGACUCAAUGCUAUUUCAUUCUUUCUUUGUUCUGAAGAACUGAUGGUUUCUUUGCGAGAAACAUUGAAGUCUGUCAAGGACAUUAAGCGUAUACUCAGAAAGUUCGACUCACCAAGCUCCCUGUCUACUGUUGGUGACUGGACAGCCUUUCUGAAGAGUGUUUGUGCGCUCUUGCAUUUGGGAAAGAUAUUUGAAGUAGGAAUUUCUGAAAAUCUUCAAGAGCAUGCUAAGUACUUAAAUCUGAACAUUGUUGAACAGGCUUGUUCAUGCAUCACAACAGAGCUGGCUUAUGUCUAUGAAUUGGUGAUUGGUGUUAUUGAUGUUAAUAGAAGUAAAGAGAAGGGUUACGGGACAAUAGUGAAAGAAGGUUUCUGUGAUGAGUUGGAUGAGCUUAGGCAAAUCUAUGAAGAACUUCCAGAUUUUCUGCACAAGGUUACUUUAUUGGAGCUUGCACAACUACCCCAUUUGGGUAAAGAGAAGCUCGUUCCUUGUAUUGUUUACAUACAUCAAAUAGGGUACUUGCUGUGUAUUUUUGAAGAGAAACUUGAAGAAACCUCACUGUUGAAGCCUCAAGAUUUUGAAUUUAUGUUUUCCGAUGUUGAUGGAGAGACUAAAAGAUAUUUCUAUCGUACUCCAAAGACAAGAGAAUUGGAUGAACUUCUGGGAGACAUUUAUCACAAGAUACUUGAUAUGGAAAGGGCAAUCACUAGGGACUUGGUUUCUCAUGUGCUUCUGUUUUCUGACCAUCUGCUGAAGGCUAUAAAUUUUGCGGCUGAACUUGAUUGCAUUUUGUCACUGGCCAUAGUUGCUCAUCAAAACAAUUACGUGAGGCCUAUUUUGACUGAAGAAAACUUGCUUGACAUUCAAAAUGGAAGACAUGUUUUGCAGGAAAUGACAGUAGACACAUUUAUUCCUAAUGAUACAAAGAUUCUUCAUGAUGAAAGGAUCAUUAUCAUCACAGGUCCAAAUUAUUCCGGGAAGAGUAUAUAUAUAAAGCAGGUUGCUUUAAUUGUUUUCCUUUCUCACAUCGGAAGUUUUGUACCAGCAGAUGCUGCCACUGUGGGAUUGACUGAUAGGAUAUUCUGUGCAACUGGAAGCAAGCUUAUGACUGCAGAACAAUCAACAUUUAUGAUAGAUCUGCAUCAAGUAGGACUGAUGCUUAGGCAAACAACUUCACGAUCUUUGUGUCUGUUGGAUGAAUUUGGUAAAGGUACUUUAACUGAAGAUGGCAUUGGUCUACUUGGUGGAACUGUAAAUUACUUUGUUGCAUGUGAUGACCCUCCAAAGGUUCUGAUGUCCACUCAUUUGACUGAGUUAUUUAAUGACGGUUGCUUACCAAAGUCUGAGAAGGUGAAAUUUUUCACCAUGAGUUUGCUGAGACCUGACAACAACUCUACGGACAUCAAGGACAUUGUGUUUCUCUAUCGGUUAGUUCCUGGACAUGCACUUCUUAGCUAUGGACUCCAUUGUGCUCUGCUAGCCGGCGUCCCUGAGGAAGUUAUUAAGAGAGCAGCAUUCAUAUUGGAUACCGUCGGGAGCAGCAAUUAUGUUGAGCGAUUGUGCAAUGAGAAUUUAUCAGCCCAGGAUCAACUAAACAAGGUCUCGAAGAACAAAACUUGUAGAAUAACAGUGAAAUCUUGGAGGUAUGCAAGUAUUGUUCUUGUAUAUGUUUUACGGAGUUUUGCUGUUGUAUUGAAUGCAGGACACGGUUGACCGGAUGCUGGAAUUUGAUGUUUUCAAGGGAGACAUCAGUGUCUUCUUCCAGGAUAUAUUUCCUUGUUAAUCCAAAGAACAUCAAAUGUAUCCUUUGUCUAUCGUCUUGGAAGCAUCACCUUACCAACUACAAAAUAUAUGUCUCCUUUCAGCAUGAUUUCCUCCCUGUCAAAGCAAAACAAAUGUACUCCCAUCUCUCCUUGCUUUCCCAGCCCAUCAGGGAUAAUUCUUUGGUCCCUUGGGAUGGUUUCAUAGUGGAAGACAACAUUGUCAUAAA